GCUGCAAAGCUGCGCGCCGUCCUGCAAGCGCCCGGCGCCGUCCUGUGCCCAGGCGUGCACGACGCGCUGUCGACGCGCGUCUUCGCGGAAGCGGGCGCCAAUGUGCUCUUCCUGAGCGGCUUCGGAGUCUCCGCGUGCCGCGGCGAGCCCGACGCCGGCAUCCUCACGCGCGUCGAAAUGGAGGAGGUCGCGCGGCAGUGCGUCGCCGCGGCCGGCGGCGUGCCGUUGAUCGUGGACGGCGACACGGGCUUCGGCGGCGCGUCGAACCUGCGGCGCACCGUCCACGGCUUCGCGGCCGCCGGCGCGGCGGCCGUCAGCAUCGAGGACCAACAGUUCCCGAAACGUUGCACUUUCCAGGCGGGCUCCGGCGUGCGCGUCGUCGACCGCGACGCGGCGGUCGCGCGCGUGCGGACGGCGCUCAAGGCGCGCGACGAGUCGCGGGAAGCGGGGCGCGACAUCCUCGUCAUCGCGCGGACCGAUUGCCGCGCGGCGCUGGGCUUGGAGGAGGCCAUUGCGCGCUGCGAGGCCUUCGCGGCGCUCGGCGCCGACGUCGUCUACGCCGAGAAUCUCCAGGACAAGGAGGAGUAUGCGGAGCUGAGCUUGAGAGUCUCAUCCACCCAUCUCAUGCUCGCCCAGCUCCAGCGGGGCGACGCUCCGUCGCUCUCGCCCGACGACGUCGCGAACCUCGGCUUCGACCUCUCGCUCGUGGGCGUGACCGCGCUGCAGGCAUACAUCGCGACCCUCCAGUCGACGGCGAAAAGCCUCCUCGCAACCGGCGCCGCGAGCGAC